GAAGCUGGUAAGUCAGCAUCGGUAAUGGCUUCCGACCAGCUGGUUUGAAAUUUUGAAUUUCGCUGGGCUCACGUGGGGCCAACUACCAUUCAACCGCUACCAUUCUCUUUCCCGCCAAGACCACACUGAGUUAUACCAACCGAGUUAUGAUUCACCCAAAAGGCCUUCUCUAUCUCUUUCCUCACUUACAUAGAAAACCAACACAACUCGUACGACUCCAACUUGCUUUCGGUCAUGCUCAAAGGGGGGAAGCUCAAGCUGCCGGAGAAGCCCCGGAAAGCCUUCCCGGACCGACUGGGAAGCCUUGUCGUCGGUUUCGAUGAUAAAGAAGAAGAAGGUGAUGAGCUUGGUGGGUUUGCUUCGGUGAUCGAUUCAGGGGAGGAGCUCGAGACGUUUCUUCCCAACGAUGGGUCGAUCGGCUCCAUUCAAGAGAACGAAAGUGAUGCAGUUAAGGGUUUUGAUGACGAGGACGUUGAGGUAUCGGAUUUUGAGGUCAGAAUGAAACUCAGGAGAGAACAGGCGAGUUCGGUUUCGGUUUUGAAAGCCAUUGCCGCCGAUGAGAAAAGGUCUAAUCUUGAGUAUGAGCUUUCAUUGCCAGAAAUCAACUUGGAAAAGUUGCAAAGAGUUGCAAGUACAGGGCUUCCUGAUGGAGGAAGUUUGCGAUCAACAACAUGGAAGCUACUAUUGAGUUAUUUGCCACCUUGUCGUGAUUUGUGGGAAAAAGAGCUGAAAGAAAAUCGAGCCAAAUACGCUAAGCUUAAAGAGGAGCUUCUUUUAAGUCCUUCAGAAUUCACAAGGAUAAAAGGUGGAGAUUCGAGUAGUCCCCAUGGCCAGCCUGCUGAGAUUGAUGUUGAUGGACCUCUUAAACGACAUGACAUUUCCCAUGAAGAUCACCCUUUAAGCCUUGGGAAAUCUAGUGCUUGGAAUCAGUACUUUGAGCAUACAGAAAUUACUGAGCAAAUAGAUCGUGAUCUGCAACGAACACAUCCCGACUUGAAAUUCUUUUCAGGGGAAUCACCAUCCAGUAAGAAGAAAAGGGAAGCAAUGAGAAAUAUUCUUCUCGUAUUUGCAAAACUAAAUCCAGCAAUCCGCUAUGUACAAGGCAUGAAUGAGGUCUUGGCACCAAUAUUCUAUGUGUUUAGUACAGACACGGAUGAGAAAAAUGCUGCAAAUGCAGAAGCAGAUAGUUUUUGUUGUUUUGUUAGACUCUUGAGUGAUUCAGUGGAUCACUUCUGUCAACAGCUAGAUAAUAGUACAGUAGGUAUACUUUCUACUCUUUCUCGCUUGUCAGAGUUAUUAAAAGCCAAUGAUGAGGAGCUUUGGAGGCAUCUUGAGUUCACCACAAAGGUGAAACCACAGUACUACGCAUUCAGGUGGAUCACAUUGCUACUUACUCAGGAAUUCAGUUUCCAUUCCAUCAUGAGAAUAUGGGAUACUCUACUGAGUAACCCUUUUGGUGUUCAGGAUAUGCUUCUAAGAGUGUGUUGUGCAAUGCUACUAUGCAUAAAGAGCAGACUGUUAAAAGGUGAUUUUAUAGCUAACAUAAAGUUGUUACAGCACUAUCCUGACAUUGACAUUGAACACCUUCUUAAGGUAGCUCAAGAUCUUAGUCCUGAUACUUCUUCUUUCCGCUUGUCCCCUUAAAUGAAUCCAAUAUAUUCUUCUCUGUACUGUCUUUUUGGGUUAUGUUUUUUGUUGAGGGAAAUACAAGAGAGAAACUGCUACUUUUUGAUUCCAAGAUUAUUAUUUCUUGAGUUAUUAUACUCUAACACAGUUGAUCCUUUCUUCUGAGACCUGGUUUUGGGACACACCAUUUAGCCUUGUUUUCAAACUUUGACAUUCUUCCAUUCUAUACUCCAAAUGUAAAUAAGCCCAAAAGGGAGACCCAAAUUUUCAUACCUUAAAAGAUGUAAUUUUAUUGGACCAAGUCUUUUUAGGGGAAGACUUGACUAAUAGUAAUUGACCUUCUCUACAUA